CCCACAGCGUGACGUAGCCCUUUCCUUCCUCGUCUCCGCUGCUAGUAAAGUUAGCAGUAGCACCUUUUAGCCUCCAGCAGCUGUCGGUGGCAGUCAGUCAGCCAGCCUGUCAGUUCGAGUGGCGGUUUGUGUUUGUGCGUGUAUAAAUCCCCGCUCUUUAUUUACCCUCCCGUAGAAAAACCGAGGGCGGCCGGGUUGUUUCUUCGGGAGCCAGCUUGCUUCACCUCUGCGGGCCGACUGCGAUAAAAAAUAUUGUUGUCCUCGCCGUCACGACAGGAAGAAGCCCUGGGACAUGGCCAGACCAGAACAAGUCCUGUUGCUGGAGCCACAACACGAACUGAAAUUCAGAGGCCCAUUUACAGAUGUUGUCACCGCCACCCUGAAGCUGACCAACCCCACAGACAGAAAUGUGUGUUUCAAAGUCAAGACGACCGCACCUCGCAGAUACUGUGUGCGCCCAAACAGUGGCAUCAUUGACGCUGGAACCUCCAUAAAUGUUUCUGUUAUGCUACAGCCUUUUGACUAUGACCCCAAUGAAAAGAGUAAACACAAAUUCAUGGUGCAGUCCAUGCUGGCUCCAUAUGACAUGACUGACAUGGAAGGAGUUUGGAAGGAGGCAAAGCCUGAAGAGCUGAUGGAUUCAAAGUUGAGAUGUGCAUUUGAGAUGCCUCUAGAAAAUGACAAAACUCAUGAGAGUGAAAUCAUCAAAACUGUGUCUUCCUCUGCCUCUGUUAAGACUGAGCACUCUGUCCUGCCCAAGUCAGCCAGUGCUUCGCUGGAUGAUGGAGAAGUGAAGAAGAUCAUGGAGGAGUGCAGGCGACUGCAGAUGGAAGUGCAGAGGCUACGGGAAGAAAACAAACAGAUCAGGGAGGAUGACGGUCUGCGGAAGAGAAAGGUGACACCAUUGGCCUCCGCUCACUCCUCCUCCACCAUGGCCACCACAGCCGUGAGGGACGAAGGCCUAAGCACCCGCGUGCUGGCGUUCUGCGUGCUCUUCUUUGUGAUUGGAGUCAUCAUUGGCAAGCUGGCCCUGUAGGGACACAGACGGACAGAGCACAGUGACAGACGGACGGAUAGACCGCGUGCUUGGGAGGACGCGUGUCAGCAACGGCGACGGGGAUGUCUUCUGGGUUUAUGUUGAUCUGUUUCUUUCUUUCUUUCUUUUAAACAUUUAAGGCAAUAUCAUGAUGGUUUGGUGUAAAAAGAAAACGAAAGAAGGCUAUCCCAAGUUAAACCAUGAGUGCGAGCAUUUUUGUCACAGGUCCUUUUUUUUCUUUUUUCUUUUUUUUUGAUCUGUUCUUUCCGUCCAUCUCUCUUCCUUAAAUGAUCUUCCCUAACUUGCACAGGUAACAGUUAGUCGUGUGUUUAAGUGGCUUCACGCUGGCUGAAUGUCUAAAGUCUUUCAUUGAUUCGCAAGUUUUCAUAAGUUGCUCACACACGUUGUCCAUUUAAAAAAAAACAAACAAAAAAAAAACAAAAACAAAAAGCUCUAACCCUCUUCUGAUAAUCUCUUCCAUUUAUUAAUCUGCAAGGAGAGGUGAACACAGUUAAUCAGUGAAAGACUGUUUUAUUUUUUUUUUCUUUCCUUUCUCUCUAGACUCAAGCUUCAUGUAUUGUCCUCUAAAGAGUUUGGGGUUUUAAAAAGAAAAGAAAAAGUGUGUGUGUGUGUGUGUUUAUUUUGCCUCCUGCAGGAGCAGUGAUGUGUCGGACUGUGUGACUGUUUUUAUGCGAGGAGACCGCAGACGGUGAGGCUCACAGGCUGUGAAGACGGCUGGUUUAAAAAUGAAUAAAUAAUCCAAACAGAUUUCUUGUAUUCAGCAAAAAUGGGGGUGUUUGUUGAAAAUCUAAUUGAAUAUUUGGAUGAUUUGGUGUAAUCCAGACCAAGGAAUCUGUAGAAAUUCAUUAAAAUCAUGAUUCAGUAAAUUCACAAUUAUGACUUCAAAAAGUUUUCUGUAUGGUGAUUUUUAUUUUAUCUUUUGGCUUCUUUUUUUUUUUGUUUCAGAAACAAAGCUGUAAUUUACAUCUUCAUGCUUGGUUUUUGUAUGUUUGUUAAUUACUUCCUCAGGUUUGCACACAGUUACGCUGAACAGAAAAAAAAUAAAUAAAAAGCCUAAUGUCUGGCUACAAAGCUCUGGACAGGUCAUGCAAAACCAACUCUUACUUAUCCAUGCACAUCAGAGUAUGUAACACGAGUUCUGACCACUCUAUUGAAUUUUGCCCAUGGUGCAUUGACUUUGCGCCCUCUGGUGUAUUACAGCAGUUGUUUGCCUUUUUUUUUUUGUUUGUUUGUUUGUUUCCCUUCUUCCUCUCUUGUGUUGUCAUGUAGACACUUUGCUUCUGUUGUUUAAAAUAUUCAAAUGCACUAUUCUCACGUGUGCACUCUGUAGUCUGCAUGGAAUGACCUGAAUUAAUUAUGAUUAUUUUAUUUUUUUGAGUGUUGAAAAAUCCAUGUUAGCAAAACCAACCAACAAACAAAAAAAUACUGUCUUUUCCAAAAGGGACCAUCUUGAGUCUGGUUAUCAGUUUGUGUGUGUGUGUUUUUGUUUCCUUUGCUGUCACCUUUUCCGUUUGUGUCCUGUUGAGUUCUGGUGGUUGUGAGAUAACACAGCUGUAUUAUCUUGGCCAUCACAUGACCGUCUCGGCUGAUUCAUUUCCUCAAAAGUUUAAAAAAAAAAACAAUGAAUAUCUGCUUAUUUGCAUGAGGCUGGGCGGGGAGGGGGUCAGAUAUGUCUGGAUGUGGGCAGCUGUGAGAGGACUGACCUGUGAAUACACACUACAUUAAAGGAUUUAAAAACGA